GCCAUUUUCUUAUCCUUUCAAAUCUAUCCCAGGGAGUCAAAUGACCCAUCAAGAACAGCACUGUAUAUCAGAAAAACAAGCAGUAGCAAGAGAGGAAGAUUUUUAUUGACAGCCCAAGAAUGGCAUCAUCCUCAGUUCUUCCAUUUUCGUCAUCAUUCCGAAGUUGGUUCCAUCCUUGUUUGGCAUCAAAAAUUACCUUCACCAGAAGAACAAAUUCCUUAUCCAUUGUCACUCGCUCUAGUCUCUCCGACAACUCUGCUCUCCUCCAAGCAGCCAAGCACACCGUGGAUUCUUAUGUCAAAAGUGGUAUGGUGGUUGGAUUUGGAGCUGGUCAUGCUUCUGAUUUGGCCAUACAUUACUUGGGUCAGCAACUUAAGGCUGGUGCACUAAAAGAUAUAGUUGGCACACCCACAUGUGUUGGUAGUGCAAGUGUGGCAGCCAAGGUAGGCAUUCCCUUGGAACAAUAUGAGGGAAGCUCAAAAAUUGAUGUAGCAUUUAGUGAUGCUGAUGUUAUAGAGGAGGUGACACUUUCUGCCAUUAUAGGGCGUCGGAAAAUGAUGGGAGAGGAGUCAAUUAUUCAAGAAAAGACUAUUCUUGGAGCUGCCGAAAAGCUUGUCUUCAUUGUCACUGAGAAGCAGUAUAGAAGUGAUCUGGAUGGAUCAAUCCCCGUUUUAAUACAAUCUUUUAACUGGAUGGAAACUGCUGAAGAGAUUGAUGAUCUAUUCCUUGGUGAUGCUGAGGUCUGGAGGAGACCAUCUGUAGGGUAUGCUGGCCCCCUUGGUGGUGACUUCCCAAUGGUGACAAAAGAAGGGCAUAAUGUGCUAGAUUUAAUAUUUACAUCCCCAAUCAUAAGCCUUGCUGAUGUAGCCAAUUGUCUUGAACAAGUUGAUGGUGUUGUAGAGCAUGGAAUUAUAUGCAGGAUUCCGUGUACUGCAGUCAUUGCUUCUGAGAACGGGCAGCGCAUUAUCGACAACAAUUUGAUUCUUGAAGCAGGGAGAGCUUAACUGAUAUAGUAGCUUGCUCCACACUCUCUGGAACUACAGCUGCAAACCCUUUAAUGAGAAAUCUAAUCAGAGUAAUCUUGCAUUAGAAAUGAACAACAUUGGAAUUGCUGAUGAAACCUUAAAAACUCUACUAGAAGUUCUUCAAACCGUUGUCUGAAUGGUAGAUAUUGUUGAUGUAGUAUCUCUGAUUUUGUGGAAUUCUGGUAUAAAAUCUUGGGACAUUUUUGGCAGUUGCUAAGUUGCCGCUCUGACCACAUCAGUCAGCUGCGUCAUUGUCA